AUAGCUCGAAUUAAUCGUUGAGUAGCGACGCCGAUCGAUCUCGUGCUCGCGUACAGUGCAUCGGAUCAGAUAUUACCAGCGCCGGUCGCCCAGUUUCGUUCAGUCCAGUCGAUCCACGUUGGCCGACCUGCGUCUCGACUGGUCUCGACUGGUCUCGGCUACGUACAUACCUGCUGAUCGGCCGCGACUCGCGGCGUCGUGUUAUCGAGCUUUGUGCGAUUUAUCACGCACACCUCCACUUGUCCACCCUCUCUCCGUCCCUCCUCUACUCCCGCCGUAUCUUUCUUUCUCGCUCCGUUCCACUCUUCGCUUUUCGUGGACGCUUUUCUGGAUUCCCGCGGGUAGGGCGCGGACGCACGCGAGCGCGAGCGCAUUCGGGUGCGAGUAGCAAGGCAAGGGCAGGGCGCGCGUCGAGGACAACGGAGCGAGGGCAGCGAGAGACGACCAGCCAGAUAAAGCGCGAGCGAGAGCUACGAAGCUUGUGAGUGGAGGCGCGCGCGUGCGACGUCGUGGCGCGCGAGAGGGCUGUGCUGCUGCUGAGGCGACGCGCGAGAAUAGCCGACGCGGAGUAUCGUGACUUGAGAGCUCCGGAGUAUAUCUGUAUAUGCGGCAUGGAGACCCUCGAAUCGAGCCGCGUGUGCCGCCUCUGCGGCCAGCAUUCGGGCAUCUCGAUCAACAUCUUCGACGAGAGCGAGAAUCACAUUCGGAAAAUCAACGCCGUGCUGCCGAUCAUGGUGCACGAGAUGGAUCUACUGCCGAAGCAGAUGUGCCACCGGUGUAGCUACAAGUUGGAGGAAUUCCACAAGUUCUACGUGGACUGCCUGAAGACGGAUGCGGCGCUCAAAAGUCAACUGUCGUGGAUGCGGAAGGAUGGCGUUAGGGAGAAAAUUGGCGUACCGAUGGUGCAUAUCGAGAAUAUGAAGGAGAUCAAAGCGGAGCCGCUUGACUACGACGUGUACGAGCUGGAGCCGUUGGUGGAAAACAUCGACUACAUUAACUCUAUGAACUCGGUGACGUUCCCGGCCGGCAGCAUUCACAACGGGUUGACAUACACGACGUUCUCCCGAUGUUGCUGUGAUAAGAAGGAUCAGAGCAGAUCGAGAAGAACAACAGCGGAACUAUGUCAGAAUUAUCAAGGACAAAUGGAUAGAUGCGACAGAAUUGCGAACGUCUCGCAGAAGAGGACUUUCGAGGACGCUGCACGAUUAAAACCGAUUAAGCGAAAUGUCUUUACGCAGUCCGUGUUCCCAGAUUGCCCGCAGAAUCGCCUGCAGCGUGUCGAGAACGUCGUCGAAAACGCCGUCGAAAAUGUACGAGAUCGUCUGGUCACAGAUACGAGUAUCAAAAAUAACGUAGCCACUCCGGAAACGCGGAACCAUUGUCACGCUGGACUCGGAACGCCUCCUAAGAAUCAAGCGGUAGCCAGGAGCACAAUAAUGCGGAACCUGAGACCCAGGAAAAAUAUGAAUUACGCGCAGGAUAAAAGCAAAAUAUCAAGUGUCAAUCCGAGACCAUCUACAUUGACCAAGUCAAAUGUUUCUGAGGCGACAUCUUCUCCGAACUUUAAGCUGAUGCGGCAGAUCAAGGUUGAGUUGAUAGACGAGUUCGAAGGACGAAACUUAAGACCGAGGAAGAAUGUUGUGGAUUAUCAGGAGCCAAAGAUGAAGAAGAUUUCGGAUUCUCGCACGAAGAAGCGCAAAUUGAACGAGAAAAGCUUGAAAAACGACAGUACGUUGAAUGCUUUGGAUUUCAAGAUAAAACAAGAGGCACCAGACGAUUUGGAGAAUACGAUGCUCAGUGAAACAACCAAUACGACGCCACGAUUACCGAGCAAGUUUGUCACUUUACCCGCGAAGGUUCAAGCAAUGACGAGUGACAAUAGCAUCAGUCUGCGAGAUGACUAUCUCAAGUCGCAAUUUCGAGGUCAGUUUCAGUUGGCCGAACGAAAUUCGCUUUCCAACAUCGUGAGAAAUAGACUAGCGAAGACAAAGAAGACGUAUCAGUUUCCCAGAGCAAACUGUUCGCCAAAAUACCUGAGAAGUCAGGAUGUUUAUCUGAGGAACGGUAAAACAAAGAAUAACACGGAGUGGUCAGUGAAGAAAUUGCAGACGAGAAAGUUGAUAAACACGAUCAACAAGAAGAAAUCACCGAUGUCGAAGUUAUCCGAAAAUAUCAAGCAUUAUUGCGAGUCGUGCAAUGUCAAAUUUAUAAACAAAGAAUUAUUCAGACUACAUGCAUGUUAUUACGAUUGAUCUUUCGCGACAAGCACGAGAUCAACGAGCUGUCUGAGAAUCGUUCGAAGGAUUAAGAUGUCUUCUAGAUAUCUCUGCUAACGUUUGAAAAAGAUUAGGACACUUCGCGAUGAAGUGUAAAAGAUGCAUAAAUGAUUUAGAAGGAAUCUUCACGAUUGUACGAUAAUGUAUGUAUAUACAUGUACGUAUAUUUCGAUUUGCUUCCAAUCUUUUUCUUUCGUAUAUUUCGUUUCCAUAAAAUGGAAAAGGCUCUUGUUUAAAUUUAGACAUCUUAUAAGGAUAACGAGUCGAUAAUUCGUAAAACGUGCCUAUCCCUAAAAAUUUGACCAAGUUUUUUGCAAUAUUGACACUAGUUAUCUGAUUAUUGACUUUCUCUUUUUUUUUUCUUGAUGAGGUAGAUUUUUCUGUUAAGAUUAUCAAG